AUGCAAAAGCAGAAGAUUGAACGAGGACCACGAGGCAGAUAUGCACGCCUGAUUUGCCGUGGUUGCAGAGCGCGAAAAAUAAAAUGCAUCCUGCCAUCGCGUGCGGAUUUAGGGCCACUGUGCAGCCCCCAACCCGAGUCUACAAGCUGCGAACGAUGUCGAAAUCUAGAUUUAGAAUGCUUUGUCGAGCAAACUCACCUGGGGCGUCCAGCGGCGAGAAGUGUUAUUCAGCCGAUGUUGAGUAGUAGACCUGCGAGGUCUGCCAGCUCACGCAUACACGAUGAAGAGAGAUCCAAGCUCUCGAACGCGAUCCGGCAAUUUCUGUUCUCCGGUGCGAUGAAUAUCAAUUUGAUAGAGAGCAUAUGCGAACAUACAGGAACUCUGUCUAGCGAAGACGACCUUUACUAUUCCAUGACCUGCAUCAAAGCCUUUGUUGCCUUGGUCUUAGCCAAAGACGCUUCCUUUGGUGCUGGCAUCCUCCUGAGAACAGCCUGUGACACCCCAUUGACAGAUAUUGUGAGUCGCGAGCUUGCCGCCUCGCUUGACAAUCUGCUAGUCUGGCAAAGAUUCUUUAUACCGGGAACUCCAAGUCUGGUCAUUCUAAGGGAACGCUUACUGUCAAGUGACCCCAACAUGAACAAUAUCGCCACAAGGUUACUUUUUGGAGUGCUUUGUCUUACUGCGUGUACAGCAUCGGAUAUGUAUUCUCGAAACGGGCUCUUGAGAGAGAAGCUGCAACAGGCCGUUUCAUCGUAUGGCCAAGACUUCAUUUUUUGCCCACCAACACACAUUGAUUCAAUUGUCGUAUGUCGCUUUCUGGCGGCAUUCAAUCCAACAGCAUUAGCCACUUCGCAGAGAGCUGCUCACCACUCCGUAAAAGGAGAACUGUACAUCAACCUUGCAUAUCUUGUAGCACAACGACUCGGAAUCCUGCCCGAAACAGGGAGCCACCAGUUCGCAGGCACGAACUCGAUCGUUGGCCUAGAAAUGAAGCAAGAAUUCAUCAUGUCUGUGCAAGGGCUUCAACUCAUCGCUGAGGAGUUUCUCUUGGGGGACCCUCUGUCUAAGUCGCUCAACGCUUUCCGGCAUGUCCUGCAAAGAAUGCAACCUCAUAUUUAUUCAUAUCAGAUGUUAUUGCAGACUGCAUCUUGCACGCCGAUGAUAGUUUUCCACAUAAAGUGGACCACGGCAACUUACAUGCUAGUCGAAGCUAUGGCGGAAAUGAAGCAAAAUUGGAUGAGUCCUAAUCGCCUCUUCAUUGCGGUUGACGCAGGCGAAAAAAAAUGUCUCGCAGAGAUAGAUUCGGCCUACCAACUGUUGUCCGAGGCAUCUGCAUUCGCAGACCACAAUGAGCAGAAUGAAAUUAUCGCCAUAUGCUCACUUCUCGAGCUUCGAUUUCACACAGUGAUAUCUAAACUAUUCGGCUUUGGACUAGGCUACAUGUCUCUGUUCCAGGCAAGGAUCCUAACUGGCCAUUCGCAAUCGGAUGCAGAUAUCUGCAGGCGCGAAGUCACCCAGAUGGGAAACGUUGUUGUCAGCAGCUUGUUGUCAACACCAAAUCACCAGCGGGACUCACAUUUCUUCAAAUUCUUGGACCAUUUUGGCAAUCGAUACCCCGACAAGCUGCAAGGCCUUUUGGCCAAAUUUGUGGAAUGCACAACAAUGAAAUGGCAAGACAAAAGUUACGUUGCGCCAGUCCAGCCAAUAAUUCUGGAUAUUGUCAGUCACUGCAAGAAUAUCAUCGAAAACAAUUUGCUUCGGCUGCGGGUUUCCGGGAGAUUGCAUUGCAAUUUUAAUAAACAACUCGACCUUUUCGCGCAAUGCGCUCACCAUAUAUCCGCCAUGGGUUCGCUACCAGGCUGCUCCCCUGACAGGGCAGACGAGGCAUACAACAGAGGCUGUGUUUAUUCUGCAAGCAGCAAGAUAAUUCAUGGUUUUUGUGACUUGAUGAAGAGGUUGAAUUUGCAAGUCACCUUAGUUGAUGGCUGGGACGAAGCGCUAGGCACAGUCAACACAACCGCUUUCCCCUAUCUUCCCACGACUGUUUCUGUCUUUCCAGAGAUACCUUCAGCUGCGGCUGAUACCAUCUCUAUGCAGUUCAAGGCUCUGGAAGCAUGGAAUUUAUAG